GUCCUGCUUCGUGAUACCCCUCGGCCACUACGCAUCUCCCUCCCAUAUCUCCUGACUACCAUUCACCAUGUCGGGCAAAUACGUCUUCUCCAAGGGCCUGAAGGAGCUCCGCUUCCUCUUCUGCCAGUCCUCCGAGCAGAGCGCUGCCACAAGGUCCUUCCUUAACCGCGCCUACCCUACCAUGAAGAAGCACAACCCCCACACUCCCAUCCUGAUGCGCGAGGCCUCCGGCACCGAGCCCCGAGUCUUUGCCAGAUACGAGCUUGGCAAGGAGACCCAAGAAGCCCUGUCCGGCCUGUCUGACUCGCAGAUCGAAGAGCGCAUCACGACCCUGGUGAAGCAGACUUCAUAACGAAUUCCUCUCCCAGUAUAACCUUCCCACGCAUCGUCCCUUCCAAGUUCUCUCUCCCGCG